ACGUUCAAAAUGCGUAGCUUGAUGAAUCUUUUAGUGUUAUCGUGCGCGAUCACAUGUAUCGUGGCCAUCGCCAGUACUGAUUUUGAUCCGACAACGAUCGAUUGGAGCACUAUUCGGACCGUCCAAGAAACGGAUAAAUACCGAGCAAGACUCGGUCUGCCACCACUAAGUGAUGAUGAUAUUCGCCAAUCCAGAAUUUCCGGCGGGACCAUUGCGUCCCCAACUGAUAUUCCAUGGGCCGUUGCAAUUUUCAUUCAUGGUGGAACCUCCGGACAUGGAUUCUGCAGUGGUGUUCUGAUUUCCAAGCGUUUUGUGCUGACGGCUGCUGUUUGCAUUUCUGGCGAAAGCACCCUAACCGUAGCCUUGAACUCCACGGAUAUGAUGAGUGUCGGAACGUUGAUCGCCGUAUCGCACAUCAAUCCACAUCCAAACUACAGCUGGCUUCUGGGUCGGGAUGAUAUUGCACUGCUCACAUUGAGCCGAGACGCACCGGUGGAUGACGUGACCAUUCGACCAGUUCAAAUGCCGCGCCGUUCCGAUGUUGGCAUGAGCUUCGUCGAUUGGUCGGCCACGACAGCUGGUUGGGGUAACACGGGCAACCGAGACAAUGAACCCAUUCCAACACAGCACUUGCAGUUUGCCACGGAUAGCGUUACAUCGAACUUGCUUUGUCAGCUAUCAUACACUUGGGUCCGGAGUACACAUAUCUGCGUGGCGACAAACAAUGGAGGACCUUGCAAUGGAGAUGAAGGAGGUCCGGUGACAGUCCGCGAGGCGGGUCGCAUCACCCUGAUAGGAAUCCACUCGUUCCAUUUCAACGGAGUUCGUGGCUGUGAUCGAGGACGCUCGUCGGUUAAUACCAGGAUUACGGAAUAUCUUGACUGGAUUGAGGAGAAUUCUGAUGUAGUAAUUCCCGCAUAAUCAGUUGCUUUUAAACGCAUAAACAAAUAAAACAUUUUCCCUAUACAAUUAAACC